AUGAACAUAUUUCAUAUUUGUCAACUCGCAAAUUCUAUCUCAAAAAUUACUAAUGAGGAACUCAAAAUUCUAAUUCUUUUACUAAGACAGAAAUUUCGCCAACAUUGGAUCGAAAAAAUCUUGCCUGAAGUAAAUGCGCCAACUGCACUUCAAAUCACUGGCAAAUACAUCUAUUACUUUGAAACAUCUGUUUCUAACACUUUAGGUGGAAAGUUACCUAAUGAAAAGAUGGGUACAUCAGUCGCAUCUCAAGCAAGUAUACCAUUUACAACUUCCUCCAGUGAGACAAGAUCAUCUAACAGAUCCAGACACCCAAUUUCUAUCUUACCUAAAGAUCUCAAAGCAAAAACAUAUCAUUGGGUUGGUGCUAAAGCAGUUCCCUUUCCUAUCUUUAAGGGAUAG